AUGCCCUCUUUGCAGGGCGGCAACGGGACCCCAGCUGGCACUUUGUCGGCUGAUGACUACUACCAUGCAGGGCUAACGGCGCUUCCUCGGGUUGAAACUCCAGAGCAAGAUGACACUGGUGACAACGAUCAGGCUUCACACGACGAGGGCGAGAGCCAGCCUGGCGCCCGGUCGGCUGAUAGCGAUUGCACUGAAGGGCUAACGGCGCUUCCUCGGGUGACAAGUCCGGAGAGAUAUUGGACGGUUUAUGAAACCAGCAAUCAAACCAGUGCUGGAGAUGGUUUGCAAGUUCAGACGCCUGCCCAAGUCACUGGUGCUCAAGACAAUGAGGUACGUGCAGAACAAGGCAACUCCUUAAAGCGGUCAGCCUCGCCAUUUUUGCCGAAGUUGAUCCGGCAGGCCUUCAACAAGUUCACUUCCCGCAACGACGAUGUGGACAUUCAGGCACCCGCACAAUCACUUUUUGGCAGAGUCAAGAACAAGAUCAGACAUCUUAGAGUGCCUCCUGCCUUACCAUCUGGCGAGACUGUUGAUGAUAAGGGCCUACUAGGUGCACCUCCUCAGAACCCCGUCCAGCCUCCGAUCUCCGACGACAACAUGUCUUCUCACUCAAACAACCAGAACAACCAAGAGACUCAAGGUGAUGACAGACACCUUUCGAUUUCUGGCAGCACCUUUGAGCCCUUCCCUCCGCAACAAAUUCUUGCAAUGGGUACGUCCAGCAACUCGAACGAGCAAGUUGAGCGACCGAGUCCUUCGAACAACAACACCCCACCUAGGGUCCUCGACUUUGAAGUUUUCAGAACUGGAAGACCCGAAUAUGGUCACGCUCACUGGAAUUCGAGCAAUGCUACUCUACCUUCAUCCGCCACCAGUCGAGGAGCUGUCAACCAGGCUGCCGUCGAUUCGGACAGCUUGAGACCUGACACCGCCAGUCUUCACGGCGAGGUUUGCACCAACGCCAGCAAUGCCAGUCUACCAAAUCCGCAGUCCGGAGACUCAGCUCAGCUUUUGACUAGUCUGUCACAGGCAGCCGACAUCAACCCCGAUUCUACUACACACUCUCUUGCCAGCCCAUCCGCCGAGACCAACACAAACGUCAUCGGGGUCGAAACUCAGGUUCUUCCUCCGCGAUACACCGUAGGCACAAAUGCAAGCGACAACUCGGUUCAACCUAUUCCUCCUUCAGCAACGGGUAUAGGUACAAGCGAUGAUUUGCCUCAACACAUUCCUCUCCCAGCUACGGCCACAAGUGCAAGCGACGAUCUGCCUCAGAACCCUCCUCUCGCUACUGCCACACUUGCAAGCGACGAUCUGCCUCAACACUCUCCGUCUCCAGCUACGACUACAACUGUAAGCAAUGAUUUGCCUCAGCGUUCUCCCACCGCACCAGCUACGUGCACGGAAACAACCGAUGAGUCGACUCAGCGAACUCCUGUUGCCUCACCUACGCCUGUGACCGAGAGCAACGUCGCCGCUCAGCGCACCACCGAUCCUUCAGCCACAACCACAGCUACACCUCAAGCUUCCAGGGACUCACCACAUCCAGCAAUCGGAGUCAUCGACUUUGGAGCCAACGCCCCUGCUCGCAACCUGCAAACCUCCCAGACACAGACAGAAGGACAGAACAGCAAUGUCGUUAUCACACGUCCAUUCCCGCUGUUGCAGAAGCGCCCCCCUCCCAACAUCAACGAUCAUCCGAUGUUCCGCACUGAUCCCUUCGGUUCGGCCAGCCCGGCACCUAUGCUCGCUGUUCCGUGGACUCCCGCCCAGCUUCGCAGCUCGCAGCGGACCUCAAAGGCGACCCAAGAUGCAAAGCCCGAGCCCAAGAACAAUCUCUUGAACAUCGUCAAAGCCAACAACCCAGACGAGGAGAUUCUCUCCCUGGCCGAGGCGGCUAGAGAAGGGCCACCUCCAACAACUCCCACCAGCAAUCGUCGCUCUUCUGCCGGUCUAUUCUCGCGCCCGCGCACUGCCUCAGGCAACUCCACGCCUGGCGGUAGGCGCUUCGUUUCGCUGGGUCUACGCAGCGUCGCCGGUGCCCUCCGCUCCCCAACCGAGGAGACCCCCGAGUUCGACCGAGUCGAGUAUAGGGAAGACCAGGAGAAGCGCCUGCGGACGGUCACUAAUACCCUCCCUCGCCCAGACACCUCCAUGUUUCCCCGCCAUCCCGGCACCUCCCGCAGCUGGAUGCACCGCAAUCUGUGGUGCACCCAGUGUGCAGAGCGUUGCUGUGCCCGUUGUGGCCGCGCGUGCUGCGCGUGGAAGGCGGCGAGCAUGGGGGUAGUCAACCACCGAGGAGAGGCCGGCCACCGUGCCGCCAACAUCAAGGAGGAGAUCGAGUCGUCCGGCCCUUUUGGGCGGGAGCUGCCAACCUUUUUGAGGUGCAGCGGGUGCGAGAAGAUGGUGUGUUCCGAGUGCUGCGGCCAGUGCAGCGACGAGGUAUGUCUGUUGCUUUGCUGCCGCGCCUGCAAGGCGGACCCAUGGGCGGCUUGUGACUUCCACGCGGAGCACUAG